UUCUCUUUCCUCCUCCUCCCAGUCUAUCAUCAGUUAACACUGGGAAUGUUGGGAACAACACCAAAAUACAGUUCACCACAUCUGUCAUUGGAAUAUCAGAUACAGUGUUGUUAAGAUCUAAAGAGGAAAACAGUCAGGAAGGAUGAAUCGCUCCUGUGUAAACUGCUUGAAGACUGUGGUGACAAAUCUCAACUUUCUGUGUUGGCUAUGCGGUGCGUUUGUUGUGGCGUUCGGGGAGUUCCAGAUGAUCCACUCUAAGUUCACCUCCCUCAUCACCACCUUCUGGCCCAUCUACCCUGCCAACACUCUGGUGGUCACAGGUACGAUUGUUACCUGUGUGUGUUACUUGGGAGUGUUGGGCGGCAUGAGGGAGAACCGCUGCAUGCUCAUCACUUUUUUCAUUCUGUUAUUCAUCCUGAUGCUGGUGGAGCUGGCCAUGGCCUGUGUGUUCCUGGUCUACAGCAGAGAGAUUGACUCAUACUUUGAGAAAGACCUGAUGCGGAGCUUGGAGAUCUACAGACACUCCAGUCUAGAAGGCAACAAGACCAUUAGAGAUGACUUUGAUGCUGUCCAGCAUCUGUUCAAGUGCUGUGGAGUUCAUGGUGUGGAAGACUGGAAGGGCACUGUUCCAAUCUCUUGUUGUACCAAGGACCCCUGUAACACUGUCCCCUUCACCAGCUGGCAAGAGGGUUGUCUCCACAAACUGAGGGACUGGUUUGCCAGGAAUUAUCUUAGCACAGGUGCAGGUGUUGUCACAAUGUUUAUCAUACAGUUUAUUUGUCUGUCUAUCAGCAUCCCUCUCUUUUGCCACUUCAGUCGACAUGGUCUUGGUUACCAAUGAAAAAGGGACACUGGCAACAAGUUGCUUUUCUCUGUAUCAACCUUUUAUUAAUCUGCUCUCUUUUAUCAAUCUGAAUGCCAAUGAUGAUUAUGUCAUAUCAGGUGCCAUUGAAUGUGACAUGGAAAAGAUAUAGGAGACAUUUAAUUAGUAGACAAAUGAGGAGAUAGAAAAUCUUUCCUGGAACAUUUCUCUUAAAGAACUUAGACAAGAACAAGAACAGGCAAAAUGGAAUUAGACAAAUCUUACUUAUAAAUAAAUCAUAGGAUUAUUUCAUAGGAUUAUUUUGUUAUUAAAACCCUUUAUUCAUUUUUGAGUUUUUAAUCAAUGUCUUUCUUUGUUACAAUCUUUAUUAUUUAGAAUUUCUAGUUUUGAGCAACUGGACUGUAAAUUAUAUUAUUAAGUCUGUUAAUAAACCAGCAUUAAAUCCACAUGUUGCAUUUGUGUGAUGUUUUUUUCUGUGUAUUCAGCCUAUGGUCUCUCUGAGACAGAUUCAAGUCUAAGCUUGAACCACAAGUCACUGUAAUGUCUGCUGAUAUUGUCAGUGUGCUGAACAUUUGGUUUAAGUUCAAGUUUAAAAAUAGUUCAAUUUUUUUAUUAUUACAUGUUUUUCAUGUAUAGAUCAGUUUACAAUUUGUGGUAGAGGAUUGGACAGGAAAGGAAGAUCAUUGUACCAAUGCCAUGUCAGUAUUUUUUACUGGAGAUAAUGGCAAUGCCAUAUUGAUGGAAUGUCAGAAUGUGAUAAUGUCAUAGUUAUGAAAAUAGUCUUGAGCAUCUACAGUGAUCUUUCACUACGGCCUCUUUUCUUUUUCUUUUUUUUCCGCAUUUACUGGACGUUUGAAUCCAGUCUCGGGUAAGGGGUGUGUGCACUAGGCAACUCUUUAAAAAGUUUAUAAUUUUGAUUUUACUAUUACAUAUUUUGGUGCAUAAAAAGACAGCAUAGUCAGCAUUACACAUAAUUAAUGAACAGAUAGACAGUAUACUCAACAGUACACAUGUGUACUACACAGACAGUAUACUCAGCAACACACAUGGUUAGUACACACACAAAGAGUAUACUCAG